AUGCGAGGUUUGCUAGCAUACGCAGACGACGACUCUGACUCGGAAUCAACAAUCCAAGUCCCCCAGAACUCGAGAAAACAUCAUGAUAUCGAGAACGGGUCGUCGGUAGCGGGGACGACGUCCAAGGAGAAGGAGCACAGUAACAAUCAUCAUAAAUCCAAAGCCGGGUCAUCCAAACUGUUUGCUUCCGAUGGACGGGCAGCACAGGUAGUCAUUCGUCGACCACCGACGUUGCGGGAAAGACCUCGCGCACACAUCUCAGCGGACGACUCGACCAACUCUCCCCGUGGACAGUCUUCGUCCAUCCGGUCUUCCUCCCAACCCCACGACUCGGGUUCUCCAAGUCAUCUAUCCACGAGUAACGAAGGAACGCCCGCACCUCACGGAGGCGAGAUAGACACUGAGCAACAGCAACUAGCUCGAAUGCGUGCUCUUCUUCGUCCACCACCCAUACCAGGGCUGGAAGACUGGGGUAUCCCCCCUCCAUCCACUGACCCCGUCGACCCCCAAAUUGCCGCCAAACUCGCAAACUUCCACGCCCUCAAACACCCGCCGCCGGGUUCCUCCAACCAGCCGAAACACUUUAACGACUCCCUAAUGUCCAACCGCUCCUUCCGCAACCCGCAUCUCUACUCCACCCUCCUAGACUGGACUGGUAUGUCCGAAGAAGACGAAAAGACCACCAAUUUCCCUAAAGAAAUAUGGGAUCUGGACGAGAUCAAGAACAAGAAGGAGUGGUACGCUGACAAUGUCGGUGCGUGGUUACGAAAUGGUUUGAAUACUGGAACGAGUUAG